UAGGGCUGUAAUUUUGGGUAUUGUACAAGAUAGCCGCCGUCUUACUAGACAAGUGUACUAGGAGGUAGCCUACAUACGACGAUAUUCUACCAUUAUAAAACGAAAGCUGCAACGACAACUGAGUUUUUUGCCUGGACAACCAAAUUCUUCACUCUUCAACACAAUACUUAUACGAAUACCAUCUGUUCAUUAUGCCUCAAGCUUACGAAUACACCGUUGGCUGGGUCUGUGUCUUGCAAGACGAGUAUCUGGCCGCGUGUCACAUGCUUGACGAGAGAUACGAUGGUCGUGAUGUGGUAAAUGAGAACGACAACAAUAUCUACACUUUGGGUCGCAUAUCUGAACAUAAAGUUGUCAUUACAUGUCUCCCCAAAGGUCGAACUGGCAUGACUGCCGCAGCUGCUGUUGCGCAGAAUAUGAUCCGCUCUUUUCUCGCUCUAAAAUUCAUUUUGUUGGUGGGCACCGCCGGAGGUGCUCCAAUGCCAGACAGAGACAUUCGCCUCGGUGAUGUGGUUGUUAGUGUACCACAGGGUCAACUAGGAGGUGUUGUGCAGUACGACUCUGGGAAGAUCAUACAAGGAGGUCAAUUCGAACGAAUCGGCCAUCUGAACUCUCCCCCAACCAUCUUGUUGGGGCUGCUCCAGGACAUGCAGCGCCGAUACAACGAUCCCAGAAAGCCAGACAAGAUACAGGAACACAUCAAGAGAAUGGAUUAUAAGCCUGGAUUUCGGCGCCCCACAGAAGACAGACUAUACCGCGCGGAUUACGAGCACCAGGGUGGAAAGACAUGCAGCAAUUGUAUCGCAGCCAAGCUCGAGCAGCGACCACCCAGGGUCAGCGACCGGGUAAUCAAUGUUCAUUACGGGACCAUUGGAUCAGCCAAUUCAGUUAUGAAAAACCCCCAGCAAAGGGAUCGACUUGCUCGAGAUCCCAACCUCAAAAUUUUGUGCUUUGACAUGGAAGCUGCGGGCUUGAUGAACACGGUCCCUACUUUAGUGAUCCGAGGGAUUUGCAAUUACGCCGAUUCACACAAGAAUGAUGAAUGGAACAAAUAUGCGGCGGUCACGGCGGCCGCGUAUACAAAGGAACUUCUUACUAUACUGGAACCUGAAGAGGAAGCAAUGCCAUUUCGGGGGGGAGGAAACCCGAAGAGCAAUAUAUAAGCUUGGCGAGUUUCAAGCUAUAAUAGAAGUUUAAUGCGAUAAUUCGUUGUCAAUAGACUCGUGAACGUAGAGAAACUGGGUCGGCUGAAUCUAGGUAGUCAACUACGACUCUUGGUAAAAUCGUAGUUUGGCACAUUGACGGGUUUGAAAUUGCCCUGCAAAAGGUAUAAGGGCAAGCAGUUGAGACCCUCGAUAGACCAUAGAUGAAAGAAAUAAUAUAGAGCACCGUCCAAUGUAGGUCGAAGUAUUUUAAGGGGUAAUCAGCGGAAGUUCCUCGAUGAGAAAUUUGCUCUUCAAGCCAAGUAUGCGGUCAACAGGUAUUUUCGCAACAUCAAGACUUAUAUAGUAU